AUGCAUGAUAUUAAGCUAUUCUUUAAAGACAAUACUCACGAAAGCUUUUUGCCAAUAUUCGCCAUAUAUUAUAACUUUUUAUUAAUAAAUACGAAUUUUUCCUCACAGUACCUUCUUAAGAAGGAUUUGAUAUUCGGACACAUGGUCGGUACAUGGCCUACUUUAUCACCUUAUCUCUUCUUACAGAUAAUAUGGUAUUCGAAGUGUGAAGAUUUACUGAUUGAAUCAAUCAUGCACAUACCAUUGGAUCUAUGCGCGGAGAUCUUGAAGAUAACAAUCAAACACAUAAAUGACUUGGCAAUCCCUCGAGCUAGACGCCUUAUUUUUCUUCUAAUCUAUAAAAUAUACAAUAAAUUCUUAUGGUUACAUUUAGGCACCUUGUCAGAACAAAAUGUGACGAAAUGCGUUCACCAAAUAAUAAUGUAUUUUGAAAUAUUGUUAGAUUUACUUGUAAGCCCAAAGUUUGUUAGUUCUUGUUUAUCAAUCGAGCAGAAGCACUUACAACAUGGUAUUUUAGUGAAAAAUAUACUUCACUAUAUCAAAAAGUGCAUGUAUAGCAAAAUAAGAAGUUACUCGGAAAAUCAUAAUCUGAAACUAUUUACACUUACAUAUGGCAACAAUGAUGAUGAACAUAUGAAUUAUUAUCACAUACUUCCAAUCAAUGCGAUAAAGUGCAUUAUAAUAAGAUUAGAUCAGAUAUUGGCCACUCUACUCCUGAAUCAAAUCAAGGACGUUGACUCUUUCGAGUAUAUAAUCUGGAGAAACAUUGUUGAUGAUGAGAACACUAUGAUUUCAUUACAUCGUGCUAUCAUUAUGGAAUGUCACUGUCUUAGAGAAUUUAUAAAACAGAAUGAUUUUUUGAUGAAAAAUGAACAAUUAUUUCUUUGCCUGAAACAACUUAUAGGGCCAAUAAAAUCCGAGGAAUCUAUUUUAACUCUUCAAGAACUCUGCCAUGACAUCAAUAAAGGCAAGUUGCAUGGUAUAAAGGAACUGAUUAAACGUUAUAAAGAGUGGGACUUGUACACAUUAGAUUUUAUCAGACAGAAAAUAAAAUGUUUAAGUCUUAAUGAUUUCAAUGUUAUACUCGAAUAUCUCAAUUAUAAACUCACACAUCUGCAUACUAAAAAAGAAAAGUACCAAGUAUACGUAUCAGUGCUGAAAAUAUUGAUACAUCUAAAAGAAGACGAUUUACAUAUCAUCAUAUUAGAAUACAUGGGGCGACAUUUGGACGAUAAUUGUUUAGAAUAUCUAUAUAAUGAAAAGUCCUUUGACACAUUCUUAAGGCAAAAUUUACUUAUUGAAGAAUUCAAUAAUUCCCGAUCAAUAAUGAAUGCUAUUUCCCAGAGAUGUCGUGCCUUCUUGAUCUUUAUUUUAUUAAAUCCAAGGGAUGUGUUAAACAAGUUAAUACUCUAUGAGAUAAAUAUUGAACCAUCCAAUAGUAUUUUAUUCCAAGGCGACUUUUUCGCAUUUUUUAUACAAAACUAUUACUGCUUAAUACAGGAGAAAUAUACCGUGCUGAUGUACAUUCUGAAAAAUCUAAUUUUACAGCAACACAUGGCAUUGCAAAUAAAUUUUUGGAGAUUUAUUAAUAAAACAUUGGAGUAUCAGAUGAUAACUGCAGAUGAUGUAAUGAAUGAAAUUUGCAUCCCUUACCUGACUAAUUGUCAUUUUGACAAUAUACAUAUUAUAUUAUCACAUAUACGAAGCAUCUUAGAAAAAGGGCUCUGCACAAGCAAAACUAAUUAUGUAUCGUUAAUAGUAGUAUUAAUCAAGAAGGCAUCACUACUGAGGAGAUCUAAUGCAACAUUUUCAAAAUUCGCAAUUUAUAAAUGGAUGAUACUUAUAAAUGACAUGUUGAAUUAUAUGAAUAUUCCGGGUAUAUUGACAAGCAGUCAAUACGAUUUAAUAUACUUAGCCUGCAAUUAUGUAGAACCGCUUGAUAUGAAAAUUAUAGAACCUAAGAUGAAUACACUGAGUAUAAUCCAGGAAUACGCUAAACGUUGCUUCCCUGUGUACCAACUAUUGCGCAAAGAUCCACAAUGCUAUCCCAAAUUGCGCAGUUAUGCGCAAUCUUUCAGUCUUGACCGAGAAGCUUUUAUACGUCACGUAAUGUUGCACAGCUUCGAGUGGGAGUACAUAGAAUUUGCAUGUGAGUUGACAUUCGAAUUCUGGCGCGAAUUUGGUUGGUCCGACGAGAUAAUAGCAUACGAAAAUAUAAUACGCAUAACGGCCGAUGUAUCACAAAUUGUUUUGAUACAUUUAGACACAUUUCCCAAAUGCACAUUUAUAAUGUUACUAUACGCAAUCAUAAAUUACUGCAAAAUUGUGAUAGAGAACAUGACAAGUGACAAGUACGAAGCAAUUUGUUACAUCUUGUUCAGCACUCUGUCCUCCAUGAAUGAUGUUGUCAGCAAAACGUGCUAUUGUAAUAUGUACAAUAUUUGGCUUAAGCGCAUCCAAAAUAUAAACCCAAAUAUGGAAAUAGAAAAAUACUUUGAUGAAAUCUAUAAGUGGAUUGACAGCAUCUUUGAAUACGAGAUUGAGACAAUACCCUUCAUAAAUCAAGAAUGUAUUUGUAAUGAAACUUUCCACUGCAAAUAUCACGGUUUUGUAAUUAAGAAAAAAAUCGCAGCAAAGUACAAUGCAUUCAUGUUCAUACGCGAAUGCAUCAAAUUACAGAAUAAUACAAAGUUUCAAUACUACGAGCAAUUAAUGCGAAAUUUAUUCUUCUUAUAAUUUAUUUCCGAAGAAUAAAUUAGCUACUGUAAAUAUAGGUGACUUGGGACAAGUGUAGGUGACU